AUGCCGCUGGUGCACGGUGUGGGUGACGAGGUGCUGUACGCGUUAAUAGCAGUCUUCGGUAUUCCUCUCUGGCUGUUGCGUUCCUCUCCACACCUAAGGGUAUCACUCCUCUCCCUCUUCCGUUCCACGCCACCCCACGCCACGAGAAGCAUCAGCAGCAACCAGAACCUUGGUGGAACUGCGAUCCCUUCUGGUACUGCUGCUGCUGCUGCAACAGCUACUGCCAGUGUUACAGGGUCGGGAGGAGUUGGUCCGGCAAGUGGAUUUGGUCCGGCAGUUGGAGUUGGUCCGGCUCGUGGAUUUGGUCCAGCAAGUGGUGUUUUUCAGGCAGAAGGCAUUGGAGCAGCAGCAGAAGCAGCAGCAAGAGCAGCAGCAGAAGCAGCAGCAACAACAGGAGGAGGAGGAGGAGGAGGAGCAGCAGUGGAAGCAGCACGAGCAGGAGGAGAAGCGAUGGCAGCGGGGUCGGAGCCAAGGCCACCAGAGGGCGAGAUGUGCUGUGUGUGCCAUGAUGCCUUCGCCCUGCCAACCCAAGCCAACUGCGGCCACUGGUUUUGUGCGGAGUGCAUACUGAGGGUGUGGCAUCACAGCUCAGCCUUGGUCCCCUGCAAGUGCCCCAUCUGCCGUCGCACCAUCACCCUCCUCCUCCCCUCCCACUCCGUCCAAACAUCGCCGCCCACCCACCCAGCCACACAACCAAUGCCCUCCCCUGAUCCACCCGCACCCGCUUUGGAUGACCAGCAAAGGGCGACUUGUACGCUUUCUACACCUGAUCCGGCUAGACCCUCUUUGGAGCAGCGAACGGAAUCGCAAGGAGCAGUUUCUUCUGAACCCGGGGAGACCCAGCGGAGGGAGUCGCUUAGGCCCUCUCCCUCCUCCAGUUCUGAAGCUUCUCAGCAGCAGCGGCAGCAGGAGCAGCCGCCGCAGCAGGAGGAGAAGGAGAAUCGGCCACAGCAGCAGCACCACCACAACCCACCAGAAUCAGCAGCAGGGGAAGGAGGGAAUCCGAACUUAGGGGUAUCAGCAACAGCCAGCGCCGCUGCUUCUGAGCCAUCAGACUCUGACCGUCUUUCUGACGGCGCCCUGCCUCUCUCCCCGGAGCACUCAGUGGAGCUGCUGGGGGAGGUGGCUCGCUACAACCGGCUCUUUGGAGGGGUGCCUGUGUCGCUGUGGCAGCGCAUCCUGGACAUGCCUCUGCUCCUCUCUCGACUAGGUCGGGACCUGACCGAUCCACUGAGGGCCCUCCGCUUGCUACACAACGCUCGGAUGGUGUUCUGUGUGGCUAUUGUUUUCGUGUAUGUGCUGUCACCAUUUGACCUCAUUCCAGAAU